AUGUCCGGCUUCCAGAUCCCCGGAUUGGGCCAAGCAAAGGCGAAUGAGGUGCUGCCGCCGCUUCCAGCUGAUCUCGCAAUUGCCGCUGCGAGCGCCGCAGAAGACAGCGAGAUGGCUGGCGCAAACCCAUCCACGCUCGAAACAGCAUCGUCUGCCACAGAGCAACCCAGCGAACCCGUCAAGGACAGCACCUCCGACCCAGAUGCUAUGACAAUCGACAAGCCCGAGAGCCCGCCUUCUUUGACACACGCCCUAGAAGCAGCCCUUGGUGGCCUAGACAAUCCUGAUGCGAACCAACAGGCUCCCGCACCCGAAGCAGAGCAAGUUCCCUUACAACCCGACCAAAGCGAACACCCCGAAUGGGAAAUCGACUCAUCUCCAUACGAAUCGUCAGACUCUAGCAGUUCUGACUCAUCAUCCGAUGAUGACGACUCUGACAAUGAAGGCUAUGAACCUCUGGGCAUCGAAGAAACAGCACGGCUUCUGAUGGAGACAGAGGGUGGCUCUGAUGAUGAGGGAGACAGAGGUAAGGCUUCUGGGUCUGGAUAUGUGCGGACAAAGAAUGAGCUUCCCGACGAAAUCAUCCCCAAGCCGGACGUGACAAUCACCCCCGAGAUGGCAAUCGAGGAGCUCGGUGCCAUAGAGCAUAUUGUCGAAAAUAUCAUGCUCAUCAAGGCAUUCACUCCCGGAGAAUAUCAAGUCUUGGACAGCGGAUCUGUCUUGUGCAACGCAGAGAAGGUUGUCAUCGGAGUCAUCGCAGAGACGAUAGGCAAAGUGUUGCAACCGAUGUACACGGUAAUGUUCAACACUGCAGAGGAGGUGAAAGAGCUUGGGUUGGAAGUCGGAACGAAGAUAUACUAUCCUGUCGAUCACGCAUCGUACGUCUUCACUGAGCCUCUGAAGAAUCUCAAGGGCUCCGACGCUAGCAACCUGCACGACGAGGAAAUUGCCGAUGAAGAAGUCGAAUUUUCAGAUGACGAGAAGGAAGCAGAAUACAAACGGUCAUUGAAGCAGAAGAAGAAGGACAAAUGGAAGAGCUCUGGUGGAAAGGAGGGUAAACAGCCUCACCCGCUGCGCCAGGAGCUGUCGGCAGAUGGUAGCCUGAACUAUGAUGAGGAGGAUGAUGGCCCGUAUAAGCCACUGGCUCGACCUGUUGGCUUUGGAGCAGGCCCCUCAUCGACUGAGACUCAUGAGCCUUCUCCUAGACCAGGAUUCUCAAGAGGAGGUCGGAGAGGAGACUCUCGGGGUAGAGGCAGUCGUGGGAGAGGCUCUGGCCGUGGUGGCAACCAGAACCCUCAAGCAGGAGUGCCUGCGACCAGCUCAUGGAACUUCAACCCUGUUCCACCCACCAACUCCGUGCCAUCUCUUCCUCAGUUUGGCUUCCCCCUUCCUGGGUGGCCAGCACAGGGCCAGCCAGCACCUUCUGCAGUACCGCCCCCGCCGCCAGGCUGGCCUGGAUCUGCCCAAGGGCAGGCUUUGAUGAGCCAGAUUCAGGCACAAACCGGGCAGAGUGGGUGGAACGGCCAGGUCCCACCGCCUCCUCCGCCACCUCAGCAGUAA